AUGAAACCUCCCUCCGGACCUGAGGAGGCCCAGCGGCGACAGGCCUCAGACAUCCGGGUGUUCGCCAGCAGCUGCACGAUGCACGGUCUGGGCCACAUCUUUGGCCCUGGAGGUCUGACCCUGCGCCGUGGGCUGUGGGCCACAGCUGUGCUCCUGUCGCUGGGGGCCUUCCUCUACCAGGUGGCUGAGCGGGUUCGCUACUAUGGAGAGUUCCACCAUAAGACCACCCUGGACGAGCGCGAGAGCCACCAGCUUACCUUUCCUGCUGUUACACUGUGUAAUAUCAACCCACUGCGCCGCUCGCGCCUCACACCCAAUGACUUGCACUGGGCCGGGACGGCGCUGCUGGGCCUGGAUCCUGCUGAACAUGCAGCCUACCUUCGUGCCCUGGGCCAGCCCCCUGCACCACCCGGCUUCAUGCCCAGUCCAACUUUUGACAUGGCACAACUCUACGCCAGAGCCGGCCACUCCCUUGAGGACAUGUUACUGGAUUGCCGAUACCGUGGCCAGCCCUGUGGGCCUGAGAACUUCACAGUGAUCUUCACUCGAAUGGGCCAAUGCUACACCUUCAACUCUGGUGCCCAUGGGGCAGAACUGCUCACCACCCCUAAGGGUGGUGCUGGCAACGGAUUGGAGGUCAUGCUGGACGUACAACAAGAGGAGUAUCUGCCUAUCUGGAAGGACAUGGAGGAGACCCCGUUUGAGGUGGGGAUCAGAGUGCAGAUCCACAACCAGGAGGAGCCCCCGGCCAUUGACCAGCUGGGCUUCGGGGCGGCCCCAGGCCACCAGACUUUUGUGUCCUGCCAGCAGCAGCAACUGAGUUUCCUGCCACCUCCCUGGGGUGACUGCAAUACCGCGUCUGUGGAUCCUGACUUUGAUCCAGAGCCCUCUGAUACCCUGAGCUCCCCUAGCCCCAGCCCUCCUUAUAGUUUAAUCGGGUGUCGCCUGGCUUGUGAGUCCCGCUAUGUGGCUCGGAAGUGCGGAUGUCGAAUGAUGCAUAUGCCUGGAAACUCCCCAGUGUGCAGCCCCCAGCAGUACAAGGACUGCGCCAACCCAGCUCUGGACGCUAUGCUGCGAAAAGACACGUGUGUCUGCCCCAACCCGUGCGCCACUACGCGCUAUGCCAAGGAGCUCUCCAUGGUGCGGAUUCCCAGCCGCGCUUCGGCUCGCUACCUGGCCCGGAAAUACAACCGCAGCGAGACCUACAUCACGGAGAAUGUCCUGGUUCUGGAUAUCUUCUUUGAGGCCCUCAACUAUGAGGCAGUGGAACAAAAGGCAGCUUAUGGAGUGUCAGAGCUGCUGGGAGACAUUGGCGGACAGAUGGGACUGUUUAUUGGAGCCAGCCUGCUUACCAUCCUCGAGAUCCUUGACUACCUCUGUGAGGUUUUUCAAGACAGAGUCCUGGGGUACUUCUGGAACAGAAGGAGCUCUCAAAGGCGCUCUGGCAACACUCUGCUCCAAGAAGAGCUGAACGGCCAUCGAACACACGCUCCCCAUCUCAGCCUGGGCCCCAGGCCGCCUACCACUCCCUGUGCUGUCACCAAGACACUCUCUGCCUCCCACCGCACCUGUUACCUUGUCACAAGGCUCUAG